AUGCCGGCUGAUUCCAGAUAUAGCGCUCUUUCAUGGUCAUGGGCAUCGUGUCAUACCCUCUUCAGUUAUGCUCCCGUGGCUUUCAAGGGCACUAAAAUGCCAACAGAAUAUUUACCACUCGGGGAUGCAAUGUUGGUAGCUGCCCACAAAGACUUCGUCUCCCACCGCUGUGGGCCAGUGAAAAGUGGAUCAAUCACUGUCAAGGGUCAUCUCCUCAAGAUUGAUAUUUCUUGCUUCGUAAGUCCAUUUAGAGAAAACGUCGCAGUCUACAACGGGUUGGCAUUAGGAACGUUUUACGCUGAUGCAAAAUUGGAUUUAAGGAAAAAUAACUGGGCCCUUUUGUUAGGAUAUGAGCGUCGCAAGACUACCAUCAAAUCUUGA